AUGGCUCCGUCGGCGGCCCACGCCGUUGACGGCAUCCUGCCCCCUGUGGACCUGCGCUCGAUCCCUCCUUUUUGGCAAAGAAAGAAUGGAAUUUUGCUCUACUUUCUCUUGACGUCGUCUCUGCUGGCCAGUGCCGCCCUUGGCCUCGAUGGCUCCAUGACCAACGGCAUGCAAGUCCUCCCCACCUGGCAGGAUCGCUUUGGCCACCCUACAGGGUCCCAGCUCGGCUUCUUUGGCGCCUCAAACUCCAUCGGCGGCGUCAUCCCCUUUCUCUUUCUCGGCUGGAUUGGCGACGAACUCGGCCGUCGCCUGCCGACGGCCCUCGGGUCCAUCGUCAUCAUCACAGGCGUCCUCAUCGAGUUCUUCGCAACCACGUUGAGCAUGUACAUAGGCGGCAAGGUUGUCCUGGGCAUGGGCUCGUCGCUGAUACAGAUGGGUGCACCAGUCUUGAUCACCGAGCUGAGCCACCCGAAAGAGCGCGUGCAGAUAACCACCUUUUACAACACUUCCAUUGUUCUUGGCUAUGUCAUUGGCGCGUGGGCAACCUAUGGCUGUUUCCAGAUUCCAACUCAGUGGUCCUGGAGGCUCCCCACUUUGAUCCAGAUUGUCCCCUCUGCCUAUCAGCUCUUGCUCAUCUUCUUCUGUCCGGAGUCUCCGCGCUGGCUGAUUGCCAAGGGCAAGAUGGACGAGGCGAGGCAGAUCCUGACCAAGUAUCACGGUGAAGGUGACCCCAACUCGGAGCUCGUCGCCUUUGAGUGUGCCGAGAUUCAGCACGUCAUCGCCGCCGAGGCCGAGCAAAGCCUGUCAUGGGCGGCCUUUUUUUCGUCCAGGUCUAACUUGAAGCGCAUCGGCCUGUGCCUUGCCACGGCCGUCUUCAGCCAGAGCUCGGGCAACCUCCUCGUCUCUAACUAUCUUGCACAGAUUCUCAAGGACACCGGGGUCAAGGCCGACAAAGACAUUACUCUCGUCAACGGCAUGGUCACGUUGUGGCAGUACAUGGUGGCCCUCGCCGUCACGGCUCUCAUUGACAGAUUCAAGCGGCGAACCUUUUUCGUCGUCGGCUCGGGCGGCGUGCUUGUAACCUUUAUCGUGUGGACCGUUGCGGCGCAGCAAUAUCUGGAGCGAGGCUCUCUCGCGGCUGGUCGCUUGGUUCUCGCCUGCAUCUUCGUCUUCCAGGCCUUUUACACCUUUGCUUGGACGAAUCUGGUUGUCACAUACCCUCUCGAAGUUGUGACGUACCAAAUGCGAGCCAAGACGUGGGCAUUUGUCCUGCUCACCAUCCAGGUCGCGACGAUUUUCGGAAGCUACGUCAACCCCAUCGGUCUCGAGAACAUCGGGUGGAAAUUUUACAUCUAUUACUGCGUUUGGGUCGCGCUCAUCUUUCUGGUGGUGUACUUUUGCUUCGUUGAGACGGCUGGGCCGACUCUGGAAGAGCUCGCAUAUCUGUUCGAGGCUGACAAGGCCAAGACGCAUCUGAUUGCGACGGCCAAGAAGACGCAAGAUAACCGGCCUCACGUCGAGACAAGUCGUGAAAACGCGAAAAAGUGGUUUGAGCGUGCAGCCGAUAGUAGAGGGUCUCUUUUGUCAAGGCCGGUGUCAAGCCCUUGA